CAGCCAGUCCGUCGUUCGCUCAGCUGCGGGAAUGUUACACGGGAGCCGAAGGCGCGAGCGGCGCUUUUCGGCAGCCACCGGGGCGUUUUUCUUCUCCGCAGCCAACCCGAGAAGAGCCGCCAUGCCUUAAAAGAAAGGGGGCCGGCGGGGGGAAAAAGGCGCAUGGGAGGGAGGCACCAUGAGUUCAGCUGAAAUUAAGAAGCCACCAGUGGCCCCGAAACCAAAAUUUGUGGUAGGACACAAACUAGUGCCACCUCCUGUCGCACCUAAGCCAGACGUUGUUCUUGCAGACAUCUUACAACCUACAAAGAAAACAAAACCAGCAGUAGCACCAAAGCCAAAAGUUCUCAAGUGUUCGUCUUUUCCUGAUGUUAAAACAGCACCACCAUCUUUAACAAAAAAUUCUAAGAGUUUAGAAGCAGACGCUUCUGAAUAUCUAGUUCAUUUGAAUUACAAAAAUGGAGCCCCAAGUGAUAAUACUGCUUAUAUUAUAUCAGUAUGUUCAUGCAAUUUUGAAUGCAUACAUAAAUUUGGGGACAAUACAUGUAAAAAUCCUACCAUUCUUGAACAGUUGGAAAACCUAGAGAAUAUUGAUAUAGGUGAAAAACCAGCAUCAUCUCUAAAACCUAGAACAUUACUUGAUAACCAUAAUGAAAAAAAUAUAAAUAAAACCAGGGUAAUCUUAAAGGCUAAUUUUACAGAAGAAAAACUCAAAGGUGUACUAACGCAUAACGUUUCGCCCAAUAAUGGCCAUUUGAAGCAGAAACCCUUGAAUAAACUUGAAAACAAUGGCAUUAAAAUAGAAUUGGCAGACCUUGUCCAGUCUUCACCCAGUUUGGAAGCAAUUACAGUCAGUUCAAAUGCCCAUACAAAUAUAAGUGAGGUUGCAUCUGAAGUGUCAGAAACUUCUUUUCCUUUCACUGAAAGAACCAACAGUUGCUUUUGCUCAUUUGUUCAAACUCCUCCAGAAAAAGUGGAUACUGGUGGUUCGUGCCCAGAUACCUACACAAAAGGAGGUGAUGAAUCUCUCCCUUCCUUUGGGACAGAUGUUCUUCCAUCAGCUAAAGCUCUCCCAGUUCCCAAGCCAAGAAAGCUACGUGUUCCAUGUCUUGUUCGACAAGAUGGUGUAGAUAUCCCAGGUGAUGCUUCUAAGUGCGAUUCUGCUGGGCUUUCUGAGGAUGGAUUUAGAAAAACAGCAAAAAUUAAUGUUCUCGUUCAAAGUGUUUCCUAUAACAAUCAAGAAAUUAUGCCUAUAGCUGAUAGGUCUGAUAUUACUACUACUGCUACAGAGAUAAUGUUCCCAGCAAAGGAAUCUUCUGGUUCCAAAGAACUGAUCCCACAAAACCUUUUGCCUCAGGUCCUACAUGAAACCUCAAUUAUGGUAGAGAAUGUUGAACAUUGUAAUGCUGUACAUUCUGCCAAAAAUAUAGUAGAAGAUACUGGUAUAUUUACUGCUAACGAUAACAAGACUAGCUUUAUAAGGUGUAGUAAUCUUUCUAUGAGUUUGCCUAAGCAAUUAAAACUAUCAUGCAAUCAACCUUUACCUGCCUUUAACAGCCGUGAUUCUGCACAAAGGAAAGAAGAUAAAGAUGCACAUUUAAAAGGUGAGAGUUCACCAAAAAUCAUUCCUAAAAAACCUCAAAGGCACAGCCUUCCUGCAGCUGGGCUGUUAAAAAAGGCUGCCUCAGAUGAAUUUGUAGAGAAAAGGGCUUAUCUUAAUGAAGAGGCACACUCCAAGACCCCCCUGGACGGACCGCGAUCAAGACAUUUAUCUGCCAAAGAACAAAGUACUUUGCUAUCCUGUGAUAUUCCCAAACCAUCUUUGGAGAAACCUGUCUGGAAAUUACCUCAUCCCAUCCUUCCAUUUUUAGGCAACCCGGAAGCCUUAAAAAACACAAAGAGUUCCAAAAGCUAUGAACUUCCAAGUGUGGUGACAAAACCUCGAGCCAAAUCUUUGUCUUCCGUAGAUAUGGACAAAAUAAACAAGCCACAAAGAGAAACUCAAAAGAAAAAUUCAUUAAAGAAAUUCCUAAACAUGAAGCUGUCUGUUUGUAUGCUAAAAAGUGACUUUCAGAGGUUUUUGGCCAAAGGCUGCCAAUCUGCAGAUAAUACUGCUGUUGCUUUUUCUAGCAGGGAAGGACAUGGCAAAAACUGGAAUGUAACUUGUGCAACUGGUGGGAAAAAAACUAAACCCUCAAAGGCACAUUCUAUAGAAAAAUGCAGUCCAUCCUCACAAAACAAAAAGCAAAGAUCAAGAAGUCAGUAUGAAAUACCAGCUGGUCAGAUAUUGUCUUUAGAUGAACAACCCUCCAUGUUACAAGGACAUUUGCAUUCUUUUUCCCUUGACUUUACACCAGAAUAUGAAAACGUAAGCCAUUAUGAGGAAAUUCCAGACUAUGAAAACUUGCCUUUUGCAUCCACUGAAAAAAAUGUAUGUUUUGAGUGGCAGAAUUCCAGCAGUUAUGAAGACCAUGACUCUAAUAUAUAUGAGGUGGAGCAAGUAUAUGAAACUACAAGGAGCUAUUCAAAGCUUGACAGGCCUUCAGCAGAGGAUCAUUAUGAUUCUGGUUUGGUACAUGGAGAGCUUCACUCUGAUGAAGAGAUUAUAUCAAGAGAUGUCAACAGUUCAGAUGAAGAUGAUGAUACCAAUUCAGACUCCAGCAAAGGGGAACUCGAUAUACAAGAAAAUAAUCAGGUUAAAGCAGCUGGGAAAAAAACAAAGGUUCACCAUAUUGCUAAAGAAAUCAUGAGCUCAGAGAAAGUGUUUGUAGAUGUGCUGAAGCUCCUGCAUAUUGAUUUCCGAGAUUCAGUGGCACAUGCUUCCAGGCAACUUGGAAAGCCAGUAAUUGAAGACAGGAUCCUGAAUCAGAUCCUUUACUACCUACCUCAGCUGUAUGAGCUUAAUCGGGAUCUCUUGAAAGAACUAGAAGAACGGCUGGCACACUGGGUUGACCAUCAGAGAAUUGCUGAUAUUUUUGUUAAAAAAGGACCUUACUUAAAGAUGUAUUCAACUUAUAUCAAAGAAUUUGAUAAGAAUGUAGCCCUUCUAGAUGAACAAUGCAAGAAGAACCCCAGUUUUGCUGCAGUCGUUCGAGAUUUUGAGAUGAGCCCCCGCUGUGCUAGCUUGGCACUCAAACACUAUUUGCUCAAGCCAGUUCAGAGGAUCCCUCAAUACAGGUUGCUUUUGACAGAUUAUUUAAAGAACCUUUUAGAAGAUUCAGCUGAUUUCAAAGAUACUCAGGAUGCUCUUGCUGUUGUCAUAGAAGUGGCCAACCAUGCAAAUGACAUAAUGAAACAAGGAGAUAACUUUCAGAAGCUUAUGCAAAUACAGUACAGUUUAAACGGUCACCAUGAGAUUGUACAGCCAGGAAGGAUCUUUUUGAAAGAAGGAACACUGAUGAAGCUGUCCAGGAAAAUCAUGCAGCCUCGAAUGUUUUUUUUGUUUAAUGAUGCUCUACUAUACACUACUCCUGUUCAGUCUGGAAUGUACAAACUCAACAACAUGCUGUCACUGGCUGGAAUGAAAGUUAGAAAGCCAAUCCAUGAAGCUUACCAGAAUGAACUGAACAUAGAAAGUGUACAGCGAUCUUUCAUUCUUUCAGCCAGUUCUGCAACAGAAAGAGAUGCAUGGUUAGAAGCCAUUUCAAGAUCAAUUGAAGAAUACACAAAGAAAAGGAUCACCUUUAACCCUAGUAAAAGUCUGGAAGAGUCAGACCCAGAGAAAGAGGAAAAUGACAGUCCUUUAGGGUCAAAGGCUCCCAUCUGGAUUCCUGAUACAAGAGCUACCAUGUGUAUGAUCUGUACUAGCGAGUUCACACUGACGUGGAGAAGGCACCACUGUAGAGCAUGUGGAAAGAUAAUCUGCCAAGCUUGUUCAUCAAAUAAGCAUGGAUUGGACUAUAUGAAAAAUCAGCCUGCAAGAGUAUGUGAUCAUUGCUUUAAAGAGCUGCAAAAGCACAGUAAGCUUGGCCCAGAUAAUCUGUGCACUCCUUCUAAAAACGGGUCUCCAGUAAACCACAAAUCUCCAUCCAGUGCCUUGUCUACAGUGUUGCACAGCAUCCCAUCUGGAAGAAAACAGAAAAAGAUCCCAGCAGCUCUCAAGGAAGUAUCGGCAAGUACAGAAGACUCUUCAAUGAGUGGCUAUUUAUAUAGAUCAAAGGGCAGCAAGAAGCCCUGGAAACACCUGUGGUUUGUGAUAAAAAAUAAGGUGCUAUACACAUAUGCUGCUAGUGAGGAUGUAGCUGCUUUGGAAAGUCAGCCUUUACUGGGAUUUACAGUUGCUGAAGUCAGAGAUGAAAACGUAGAAUCUAAAGAAUUCCAUUUGUUGCACAAAAAUACCUUAUUUUACAUGUUCAAAGCAGAUGACACCCAUGCAACACAAAAGUGGAUAGAAGCUUUUCAAGAAGCAACAGUAUUGUAGCAUGGCUGAUGGUGCCCAUUGUUGAAAGGAAAAAUGUCAAAUGACAAAGUGAAUACUACAAUUCUUUUUUUUAAUCAGAGUGAUAGAAUUCUGCAAACAUCAAUCUAAACAAAGUUGGCUUGUUUAUGAAAUUUAGCAGACAUUGCCUCUUCUUUGUUUAGUCGGAAUACUUUGCAAGAAAUGUGUGUACUUGUCUUUUUUGUGAUACAAAAAGUGUUAUUUAUUAAACUCUGCCACUGUUUUACUUAA